AUGGAGAAGGUGAGGCCAGUGUCUCCUUCUGGACGGGAAGUUUAUCAACGAGUUGCAUGUCCGCAACAUGAUAAAGAAAAAAAAAUAGCGAGGAGUGGUGCUCAAGAGAGUGUUAUAAAACAACAGACAAUCCAAUCUAUUCAGAGGCAAGGAUACAGAUGGUUCAACGCAGCGACAGGCCACAUCGAUUUACUUGCUUGUAGGUUUGCCUCGCAACGAUGUCCUGUUACAAUGCACGGCAACUUCUAAAUCCAAGAGAACUCCACUAAGUAAGUUUGAUAUAAAUUAAUUUUCGUUUUCAUAAUUUUCACAAUUUCGAAUUGU